UUGGGCCAAGAAAUUUUGGUAGUGGGCUUAGAUGGAUGGAGAGUUAGGGUUUUAUUUUAUAUUUUUGCCCUAAAACCAUAACUGUCUUAGCUAUCUGACGCAGCGGCUUCUUCCCUCCUUUCUCCAUCUGUGUCAACAAUGGCGUACGCUGCGAUGAAGCCAACUAAACCCGGCUUAGAGGAGCCCCAGGAUCAGAUCCACAAGAUAAGGAUCACCCUUUCCUCCAAGCACGUCAAAAAUCUCGAAAAGGUUUGUGCAGACUUGGUUCGUGGUGCUAGGGACAAGAGGCUCAGGGUAAAAGGACCUGUUAGGAUGCCCACUAAGGUUCUUCACAUCACUACUAGGAAGUCUCCUUGUGGUGAAGGUACCAACACAUGGGACAGAUUUGAACUCCGUGUGCACAAGAGAGUCAUUGACCUCUACAGUUCCCCAGAUGUAGUCAAGCAGAUUACUUCUAUCACAAUUGAACCAGGUGUGGAAGUUGAGGUGACCAUUGCAGAUGCUUGAUCUUGAUCCAAAUUUUAACUGUCAUGCUUCCUAGUUUUGCCCCCCCUUUUCUGUAUUUUGUUAGUUUUGGUUGUGGGACGGAGUUGGUUUCUUUUCUUUAGUUUUACGGUUGUGGACAGGACAUUGAUGAAUACCAGAGAAAUGUCACCUUAAUAUAUUCAAGAAUCUUUCAUAUAUCUGCUUUGAUAUUAUUACAAAUCAUUUGUUA